AUGCUUUAUAUUCAUUGUAAAGUGAGAGAAAUUCAAAGUGGAAGCUUGAAAGUCGCAAAUCUUGAAGCUUGGUUUAAUUGCCACGUGUGGAACGUGGUCUUCGAUCAAGCUUUUGGAGAUGUAAAUGCGAUAUCCGUCGUUAGAGGAGAAAGUACAAGCUUGGCAUCGGCGUCACGAAAAAAUAUAAAAAGACUGUCAGGAGAACGGCGGAAAAUGGGUCGCAGGAUUGAUUGGAUCUUGAGAUCUAUUAGUAAUGGCGAUAGAGAUGAGUUCGGAGCGGGGGAAGCCGGAAAAAGUUGGGUGGAUAAAAAUGGAACGAAGUUUCUCAAGGAGGCGGGAUUAAAGCUACCUAAGACACUCAAGGAUAUGUUAGUAAAAUUGAUGGAGAAGGCAGGUUGGGAUGAAGAAAGUCGUGCAAAAAUUCAAACGGUUGGAAUAAUUCACGCUGGUUUGAUGAUUAUGACGGUCUACCUGGACAACCCAAAAGGCUACAUCUGUAGGGUUCGACGUGGUGAACUAAUGGAAGUUCCGGAUAAUGCAGAAAAUUUUCCUUACAUCCUCACAAUUCUCGCAUCUGUUCUGAACAUAAAGGCUGUGGUUCAAGAGAUAAUAAAGGCGGUUCAAGCAAAAAAACAAACAGUCAAAUCAUUUAAAAGGGCCGGGUUUCGAAAGCGACCUCUAGACAAAAAUGAGGACCGAAUAUCUCCGUGCUUAUCAACUCCGAAGAAGGCUAAAGUAUGUGCAGAAGCAUAUACCGAGAAAUCAUAUCCAUCAUCCCCGUGUCCUGGAUCACCAUCACAACGAUCUGAUUUAUUCUCAUACUUGGAAUAG